UUCUGUAUAUGUGAACACAGGUUUUCUGUCCUGAAAGUGAGAGGAGUCCAUGUACUGCGAAUAAACAUGCUUACGACUGAAAAGGAGUGCAGGCAGGCUUGUCAAAGCCUGGGUGCUUCAGGUAACCAUCACUGUAAUUGGUCUGUGCCCUACCAGAAUUAUUGCAUCCUCUUGCAGUGUCACCAGCUGAGUGCGUGCCAGAAUGCGGGAGAACAAGACAUCAAAGAUCUGCUUGGAGAAAUUGCCACUGGGAAAAGGGAAACAAUCCUGUUUCACCACCAAAGCUAUCCACAGAAAAAGAGGAGGAUGGUGAAUGCACAGGCUGACCGAAACAGCAUGGAAAACCUGUCCUCCUUACCUGCUCAGACUCGCAAGAUUCACUCGAGGCAUUUGCUUCAGGCUGUGAGUGGAGACAUAACAACAGAUGCAAGAAAAACAUUUGCAAGCAAUGCUACCACCACCAUAGCAACCACCACCACUGCCACAGACAUAAUAACAGAUGUUAUAAAUGCAACUGUCCUCACUUCAGCUUAUGAAACAACUACUAAAGCCUCAAACACCCAUGGAGUUCCUAGUCAACUUGUUACAGCCAUAUCAUCCACUGCCUCUUCUCCCACAUCUGGUAACGUCUCUGCUUCCACUUCCAGCCAUGUCACCAAGCAUGUGACCACCACUGAGAAAUCUGGAAAUAGCAGCUCUGUCUCAGUAUUGUCCCCCACUUCUGCUCUCCUCAGUGUCACUUCAGGUACUCCAGUGCCUCAGACAGAGCAGUUUAAGCCAACCAACACCAGCACUCCCCACUCUAGUAGCCCCGCCACUACUGUAUCUGGCCUGAAGACACUGAGCACAACACUGGCCACCCUCAGCCCACCAGAUGUAGGAACAUCUGCCGCUACUUCCACUCGUGCUGUGGCAGUUACCCCCUUAGAGAGUUCUCACUCUGCAAAUCCACUGCCUUUUACAUUGCCAAAUCUAGAUUCAAAAGCGAGUACAACUACAACAUCCUUGAGUAAAUCAACUUCUCAUAUGGGUUCUACAGGAAGUGCCACAGUUUUAACUACUGCCAACAUAGCAGAAACUGUGACUAGGCAUGGGAUAAAGUCAACAGCUCACAUUUUUUCAACAGCCAUGGUUCCAGCAGAUAUACCCAAAGCAACAGUUUCAGGCCUUGCAGAAACUCAGGACAUGGACAAUGAGUAUCUUCUCAUUGCAGCGGAGCCCCUGACUCAGUAUUUGGUGGAUAAAAGUUUGCUUCUUGCAGUGCUUUUAGUUGGUAUGUUUUUUUUCAUAACUGUUAUAGUUCUUUUCCUUAUGCAGGCCUAUGAGAGCUACAAGAAGAAGGAUUACACACAAGUGGAUUACCUGAUCAAUGGAAUGUAUGUGGACUCUGAGAUGUGA